CUUACUGUGAGAGAAAAGGCCAGACAGAGAGAAAAACAUCUGAUAAUUCAAGACUAGCAAUCAAAUCUUCAGUUUUUGUUUUGAAGCUCUCAGUGAACUGACUUGAAAAUAUGGUAGAUUCCCUCUCGCGAGAUCAUGAACUGCUCAGGCUCUUAGAAAAAGCCGUGGAAGAACUGAAAGGACUUUUACAACCAGAGGAAGAAAGAGAAGCAGCAGAACAUAAGAGACUCUCUAAUGGCUGUAGAGACUCAGCUGGACUUCAUACAACGCUCUUCCAGGUCCUCAAAACAUUCGGCGAGCUUCAAUGCAAGAGAGUGUGUGAGCUGAGAGAGAUUCUGUGCUCUACAGCAAACACACUCACUGAGCAGAGGAUGUGCUUGAAUUUGGCACACACACUUCCAGAUGCAGAGCCGCCAACAACAGCUGAUGUGGAUGCUUCCUAUGGAUCACACUUCUUCCAAGACCACAUGACAGAUGUGAUUCUUCAUGUUCUGGAAGACGUCCACGCCAUCAUAAAUCAGUUCAGUGUGAUGAGCAGGAGGCUCGACGCUGGGAUUGCUUUUCUUUCCGAAGUCAGUGAAGAGACAGAUGAUCCAACCACUUCUGGACCUCUGAAAACUGCGAAAAAUAUGAAAACAGAAUCCAGUAGCACAACUAAACCGCUGGAGCAGUUUCAUGAGGAACACAGCCUUGCAAACAUUCAGUCUAUAAGGCUCACAGAUGAUCCUACAGAUCCAGUCAAGGGCUGUACUGUGGUUAAGGAUGACAGAAAUAGGAGGGAUGAGAUCUCACAUACAAGAACAGAGUCAGCGGAUGAAAAUAUUGUGGAGAGUCUGAAUGUGAAUGAUGAAGUGGAUGAAGAAAAAGAAGGAGAGGAGAGAGAGAAAAGUAAAGGAGAGGAGGGUGAAAAGCUAAAGCAGACAUUGGUCACUGUUGGACUUGCAGACAGAGGCGGAUCCUCCAAGUCUCCUAAACUCUGCUAUAUGAUGGCCUCGGCAGACGUAGUGAGUGUCAUGAGCUGUGAGGUGGUGGACGGUCUCAGUUCUCUGAUGGUGUCUGGAUCAGAAGAGCUGCUUAGUGCCGUCCUCCGCAUACAAACCUACAGCCAUGUUAAAUGUCCCUUCCCACUUACCGUAGCAGUGCCAUUCCAGGCCAAUUACCGUGGGAACUACAGAGAGAUCAUAGUGAAAGUGGUGGAUCCAGGACAAAGAGUCAGCUAUGUCACACCUUUAUCCACUGAAGGGUUCUUUGAAGGACAGCGGGGUUCAUUUGCGGUAGUGCGGGUGUAUACUCUCGGCGUGUUUGCAGUUCUAUCCCGUUUGAGGACAGAGAGUUUCACAGUGUCUAAGGCAGGACUGUCUCUCAAACUGAGUGUGGACUCCAGGAUAUGCCUUGACUACUUGCCUGGAUCCUUCAUCACUCCAGUUGUUGCUCAAGUCAUGGUACAGCCAGUGGAUGCCUUUAUUUUAUCAUCUCUAAAAUCCAAAAAUGAUUCUUAUCGUGAAGCUCUUACCUCAACCCCCCUGCUUUACCUCAGCCAUCCAUCAAGCCUUAAACUCAGACGACCACUGACAAUCAGCUUGCCCUGUCCUCCAAUCUGCGACAAGAGGAAAGCUGCAGAAGAUGCUGACAGACCUGCUCUCGCAUCAAACGCUUUCUCUCCAAAGCUGAUGAGGGUUGAUGGUGCCUCAGUAAAAACUCAUAAAUGCUGUAAAGAGCAGCUGGCUCUGCUAGGCUGGAUGGAGAACCACUGGAAGGUUCUGGAUAAAGUCAGUGUAAAGAACUUACAGAACAGCUUGGUCUGUUUUGAGCUAACAGAAAGCUAUGAAAGGUAUCCAAAACCAAUGCAUGUACAUUGUAAAUGUUUCUUUACAAUAUUUCAGAAAUAUGCUCUACCUUUAAAAACUUCUUCCAACCGUAGGUUAAUAGUCCUUCGCCUUCAGUCCUCUGUAAAAUCCUCCUGCCUGGCUUUGUUAGUUGAAGAACUAGAAGAGGCUGUAAAGAGCUUUUCAGUGACAGUGGUGCUGCAUCAUAAGCAUCUGGACCCCCGCAGUGUGGUUGUGGAGACCCUGUCCAGCAGAGAUGCAAGCUGGGCUAUGUGUGAACUGCAGGAUCAGGGUUACUGUGGUCCUCCAGAAUCCUCAUCUGAACUUUCCAUGAGGGAGGGAGAACAGCUGCUGGUCAGGCUCAGCGGGAACAUAACCUGUGCUGAGUCAAUAAGCAAAGAACAGACAGAUUCACUCAUAAUCACAUUCCACAACCAAAGGAGGAACCGGUUGUAUUUGACAUUAAAAGAAGUGGACACCUUCGGCAACCACAGCUCUCUGCACUACAAAGGUGUAGCCAGUUUCUUCAAGGUCAGCAAAGAUCAUCUGGUCUGGAGUGAUGACAGAGCAUACGUGAAGGACUGUCUGCUAGAAGAACCCGUCUGCCGGCUGCCAAUCACUCUGCCAAAGGGAGCUAGAACAGUCUUUCAGCCUGUGAGGAUCAAGUUAAUGCAGCCAAGCCAAACAGAGCCUCUGUCAGAUGAGCUGUUAUCAUGGCUGUGUGAGGAGCUCACCGAGGAUGAUGCGGCCCUUUUGGUUCUGUCUCUCCGUCUCCGUCGCUCUUCGGUCCAGAUCGCUCGGCUGCGAGCUCCACACAGCCUCUCACAGCAGGCCUUUCACAUUUUGACGGCGUGGAGACGAGGCCUUCCCUCCUCCUCUCUGAAAUGCCCCAUACUGGCCCACUGCCUGACCCGUGCAGGGAGACCUGACCUCGCCAACCAACUACUGCUCAAAGGAGCUGCAAAUCACCAAGUGGAGGAAAAACAUGAAGAUCAGACCAGCAGGAGAAAUCUGUGAAUAUUCCUUUAGUUUGCAAACAUGUGGAGCCGUAGUAUUUUAGUGAGCUGUCACUAAUGCAUGCUAUAUCUGAGUAUUCAUAUUAUACACUCUUAAAAAUA